CUUUUAAUGCGGUCCUCCACUUCUCUCUCUCACCAGUUUCUCUUUGUUUUCUCUCUGUUUCUCAGUUUGUCUCUUUCUUUGACAAGUUCAAACUCCACAUUGGUCUCAAAGAUUCCAGCUUUUUCACUAUUCUCCGAUCCCCGUUUCAAAAACCCACAAACUCGUCUGCCCUUCUCUCUCUAAUCUCAACUGGGUUUUACUGGGUACUGGGUUUUGGUGAAAACCCAGAAAGGUUGAAGCUUUUUAAACAAUGGAGGGUAGGAUGAAAAAGUAUAGACAAGUGAGUCCUGAGAGGGCUAAAGUGUGGACUGAAAAGUCGCCGAGAUAUCACCAGAAUCGGAAAGUUCCGGUGGUUUAUUACCUCUGCCGGAAUCGACAGCUUGAGCACCCUCAUUUCAUGGAGGUUCCUGUGAGCUCUUCUCAGGGUCUCUACCUCAGAGAUGUUAUUAAUAAGCUUAAUGCUCUGAGGGGUAAAGGGAUUGCAUCCAUGUAUUCAUGGUCUUCUAAGAGAAGCUAUAAGAAUGGUUAUGUUUGGCAUGAUCUCAGUGAAGAUGAUGUGAUUCUUCCGGCCCAUGGAGACGAGUACGUCCUCAAGGGCUCUGAGAUCUUUGAUGAAUCCAAUUCAGGUCGAUUUAGUCCAAUAGCAAAUGUCCAAAUCCAGACCUUGAAACAAUUACCAGAACCAACAUCUUCUAGAAGCCGUGAUGAUUCUUCAUCGUCUUCGAGUUUGAACGACAAGGAGACAAAGCAUUCACAAGAAGACGAGCUCUCUCCUCCAGUUGAACGACCCGGAGGCUCUUCCAGUGUGUCUCCAGAGUCUGGAAAGAAUUCUUCUUGGGGUGGUUCUCUGAGCUUGACAGAGUACAAGGUUUAUAAGAGUGAUGGUUUAGCUGAUGCUUCUACACAGACUGAAGAAAAUGUGAACAAACCUAAAGCUCUAGAAACAUGUACAAGGGGUGUUUCCACAGAUGAAGGGUCGCUAGAGCCUGAUUACACGGAUUACCAAGACCGAAUUCCAUGUUUGAAAGAGAAUUUGGAAAUUUGCAGUGAUUCUAAUUCCCCUCCAGCAUCUUCCUCAAGUGCAUCUUCAUCGGGUGGGAAGACUGAAACUUUAGAAUCACUAAUUAGGGCUGAUGUUAGUAAAAUUAACAGUUUCAGAAUUCUUGAAGAGGAAGAGCUUCGAAUGCCAAACCAUGCAAGGCUCAAGGCUGGUAAUAUACUUAUGCAACUCAUUUCAUGUGGGUCAAUAUCAGUGAAGGAUCAUAGUUUUGGUCUUAUUCCAACCUACAAGCCCAGGUUUUCCCAUUCUAAGUUCCCCUCGCCAUUAUUUUCUAGUUCAAUAAUGCUGGGUGAGCUAGACAGCUUAUCAGAGAAUCCAAGGCUGAAGGGUUUGAGAUCUGAAGAUAAAGAAUAUUUCAGUGGGAGCUUAAUUGAGAGUAAAGUGCUCAAGGAGGAAGAUGGACAUAUAGCUCUAAAACGAUCUUCUUCAUACAAUGCCGACAGGUUAGUCUACCCUGGCAAUUAUCUAACUUCAAUACUAUACUUAUUUACUUGCAGGAGUUGUAAUAAGAAGCCAGAUUCAAUUGAGGAGAAAGAGGAGUCUACCUCAGGACGAUCAAAAUGCAUCCUAAGAUCAAUCAAGGCUUCACUAAACAAGCAACCACGGAGUGAAACUAUGAGAUCUCCUAUUUCUGAUAAACCAAGGAACUCCUCAGAUGGAGUUGAUGGUGUACAAAUCAGUACCCCUACUGUAUCCAAUGGAGGUAGUAAAAGAAUCACAGAUCCAUCCUCUGUUAAAAAGCAAUCGAAAAGGGUAGAUGCUUUCAGAGGAGAGAAGGAGAAGGUUAUCAAAAUCGAAGAAAGUUGA